AUGCGUUGGAUACCAGAGAAAACCGUUGCGUCGAAAUUGAAACCAAGGCCCCGUAUGGCCGGCCUUGUUAUUGGAUAUUAUCAGUGGGUGCCUAUCGUUUUAGCGCUGCAAGCUUUCCUCUUCUAUUAUCCGUCACUUGUAUGGCGCAUACUGAAUUCGCGCACAGGUAUCAAUGUGAAAGGUAUCCUGAAUUCGGCAGCUCUGGUGAAGAAAAAGUUUGACAAGGGUUCGCGACUUGCACAAGAUCUCUUGACUGUCUUCAUCUUGGCAAGCGAAGUGGCAUUUACCUGGUCGUGUUAUAUCUAUUCACCAAAGUGGUGGUUCUUGCUGGUUGGCAUACUGUCAGUGUUAUCGCUUGUGUAUUACUUUUUUGCACUGAUGCUUCCGUCGAAUCAACGGCAGUUCGUAACACGUUAUUUGCGCUGUACCGGCGCCAUCGCCGAAUUUCGGGAUCGGAACACUGAACGAUACCUUAAUGAUUUCAUUAAGAAAUUCCUGCGACCGGAUGGCACCUUCAUUUUGCGACUAAUUGAGACCAAUGGUGGCGACUUGCUGGUUGGUGAAAUCGUAACUGUAAUGUUCAAUCGGUAUAGAGCUCGCAUGGAAGAGCAGGCCCAAACCCUCACCAUAACGAAUGGCAACGAACGAUAG